CUCAGCUAGCAAAACGGAAGUCCGCCAUUGAGCACAACGCGUGCAAUUCGUAUUCUGCUGUCUGAGACCAAGGAGCGAGUCCAUAAAAAAAUCUUCAUCCAGAUACUCGUGGAAGCGCUUUGGAAGGAUGGCGUAUCGAGGGCAAGGACAGAAGGUUCAGAAGGUUAUGGUUCAGCCUAUUAACCUUAUCUUCAGAUAUCUCCAGAAUCGCUCAAGGAUCCAGGUGUGGUUGUAUGAGCAGGUCAACAUCAGAAUAGAGGGCUGUAUCAUUGGUUUCGAUGAGUACAUGAACUUGGUUCUUGAGGAUUCAGAGGAAGUCCACAUGAAGACGAGGAACAGGAAGCCGCUGGGAAGGAUCAUGUUGAAAGGAGAUAACAUUACCUUGCUGCAAAGUGUGUCCAAGUGACAUCAGUAAAUCCCAACCAUUCACGAGCAAUGUAUUUCCUUUGUUUUAGACCUUCAUUGUGACGUGUUAUUGAAAGGUGUCAAGUUCUACAAUUUAUGUUCAUUUUGAAAAUAAAGUUUUCCUUUGUCAUAA